AUCAGAGCCUGGGGGCUGUCUGCUGUUCAGCCUGCUCUCAUUUUACAUCACAUUUCCUCACUAGAUGGUGUGCGAGCCACUGGAGAACAGACUUCUUCUUUACAGUAUUGCCCUGACAAAACAAACCUGGAAAAGUCUCUGGAACGCCAUUUCUUGAGCUUUUUCACAGAGGGAAGAGCUGGAAUAAGAACACUGUUAGAGGCUUGUGGAAGAUAAGGAAGCAUUCUAGCUGUGAUGGACAUAAUGAUGAUGGUGCAGGAUGCUUGUUGCUCUGGCCAGUGGCUUACUGCGGCCGUUCUCAGUCUCUGCUGCUUUUUGCCCUCCUGUCUGCCUGCUGCGCAACGUGUGGACUUUCCUUGGUCUGCGGUGGACAAUCUUGUUGCCAGACAAGGGGACACUGCUGUUCUGAGGUGCUAUCUUUCAGAUGGUGCCUCAAAGGGUGCUUGGCUGAAUCGGUCCAGUAUCAUUUUUGCCGGCGAUGAUAAAUGGUCAGUGGACCCUCGCGUAUCAAUUGUAUCGAGUAUUGGCAGUAAACGAGAGUACAGCCUGCAGAUACAGAACGUGGAUGUUCCUGAUGAUGGCCAAUACACAUGUUCCGUACAAACCCAGCACAAUCCAAGAACAAUGCAGGUGCAUUUAACAGUACAAGUUCCCCCGAAGAUCUAUGACAUCUCUUCUGACAUUGUUGUUAAUGAAGGCACCAACAUCACACUUAUUUGCCUGGCCAGUGGGAAACCGGAGCCUUCCAUCUCUUGGAGACAUAUAACCCCAUUAGCCAAGACGUUUGAAACUGGAGAGUACCUAGUGAUAACUGGAAUCACUAAGGACCAGGCCGGAGACUAUGAAUGCAGUGCUGAAAAUGAUGCCUCAUUCCCCGAUAUGAAGAAAGUUAAAGUCAUAGUAAACUUUCCUCCGGCAAUAUUGGAAAUGAAGCAUGCUGGAGUGGGUGUGGGACGCACUGUAUUAAUAAGGUGUGAAACAGCUGCAGUGCCAGCUCCUCUCUUUGAGUGGUACAAAGGCGAAAGAAAGCUUUCCAAUGGGCGACAAGGGAUUAUUAUUCAGAACUACAGCACGAGAUCUAUUCUCACUCUGUCCAACAUGACAGAGGAUCAUUACGGUAACUACACAUGUAUCGCUGUCAACAAGCUUGGAACAGCCAACGCCAGCCUGCCUCUAAUCCCAUAUAUUGAACCUACCGCUACUAGCCCUGUGUCAAGUCCAGCACCAAGCACUGCACAAUAUGGGAUUACAGGAAGCGCUGAAGUUCUUUUUUCCUGGUGGUACCUGAUGCUGGCGCUUUCCUCCUACAUCAGCAUAUACUAAAAGAAGAUCACCACUCACAACGAAUGUAAAGAACCCUAAGAGCAUUUACGAAUCCUUUCAUAUGGUUGACGACUGGAUCCAAUCUGGUACAGUUUGUUAAAAGCAGCGUGGGAUAUAAUCAGCAUUACAUGAUGUGGGGAUGAUCACCUUCUGUAGAAUUGCUCAUUAUGUAAAUACCUGAAUUCAACGUUUCUUCUGAUUAUCUACCUUGUGAAUCAGUACACAUUGUCCUAUUCAAAGCGUAAAAGCUCAGAAAUUACUUUUUAGGUCAUUUUCGUGUUGUUAUCUUUAAUAGUUCAAAAAUGUUAUGUCCUGGUUUGACAAGUCCCAUGUAAAGUAAGAUACAUUCACAUAACAAUACUGUAGUCAGCAUUACAAGAUGUGAAAUCAACAUAGAAAAAUACUAUAAUUUAAACCCCAUUGAAUGCCAUUCCUUUUAACCCCCUAUUUUGAGAAAAAAAUGUGUUCUAACAAAGUGUCUUGAUAUGAAAUGAUACCCAACAUCUGAAGCAGUGGAGCCAGGCGCGCCAAGAUUUUUAAGUAAAGAUUCUCAGAAAGUAGUUAUUCGUUUGGUCAAAAACAUGAACAGUAAUAUCACAGAGGGUGCAUAUUUACUCUGUUAUGGUUUUUGAAGGUUUAGCUGCUGGUCUUGGGAGUAAAAACAUAUCAAACAUGAAAGCAGUCAUGCUCUGUCUGCUGUGGUUCAUCCAUGCCCUUUUGAAAAGGCAGUGGUGAAAUCAUGUAAAAAGGGGGUGAGGUGGAACACAGUCAGGACUUAUUCAGUUGUGUCAGGUCUUUUGCACAAAAGUUAUAGCCAUGAGUACUGUAUGUAUUAAAUGGAUAUUGUAUAUGGUAGCUGUUUUCUUGUCCAUUUAGCAGUUGAAUUUGGAUAAGGCUGUAUAUAUUUUGAAUCAAUAAAAAUCCACAAUUCUACCACUUGAAAAGUAUUUUAAAGGUUUAUAUACAUGGUCUGGCUAAUGUACUGUAUUUUGGGUUAUACUGUUUUUAUCAGAGCAUCCUCAAAAAGUAAUUUGAAGAUUUUGAUUUUUGUUAACAGGCAAUAAACUACAGUAAUUAUACAUUUGUUACAUACAGUUGUUAUUAUACAUUGUUUAAUAAUUUUAUAUUGUUCAAUUGUAUUACCGUUAUUACAGUCCCAACCAUAAUCUUCACCUGUGAAACUGAGAAAAUUAGAGAUUAUUACUGUUAACUAUUGUCUGGGAAUAUAAACCGUGACCAGAAUUUAUUUUUCCAAUUUAACCUUUAGAUAAAAUGGAGGGAGAAAAAAAAUCAUACCUGUCAUCUUCUGUUGAAGAAUUUCCAAUUCACUCCAUGUUGAUGCAGGUAGAACUUGGUCAACAUUGAAAGAGAACACUGUAUUCUAAGGUUUGAAUUGUCUUUCUGUUUGAGGAUUUAUAAACAAAUUAACCAUUGCCUUAUAGCAGAUAGAUAUCCUGGACUAACUGGCACACUAAUUAAAAUCAGUUCUGAGGUUCAAAUCAGGUAUAGUCUGCUGAGGGUGUGCAAAUAAUUCAUAUUGACUUUCCCUCUUUCCAUUACCAAAUUAAAGUGAUUUAUGCACAUCUUUAAAAACUAUUUGAGAUAACUGGAAAGAUCCUUGGCUUAACUUAAUAUACAUUGCGACUUAAUAAUACCAGUUCCCAUCAGAAUAGUCCACGUUAGGUCAUUGGCAGAAGGGCUAUGUUUGAUUGUGUUGUACCUGCCAUACAGUAUGUGUAGGCGAUGAAACUAACAUUAAUAUAGGACAGUGGCAAUUCAUGCAUGAAUAAUAAUCCCAGUCUUCUUUUUUCUUGAUUCUCAAGUUACAAUUUACCACAGUUAAUUAAAAAUAAUCCUAUACAAUGCCCCAAAGGUUUAAUGUAAUUGCUUCAGCUUUUGAUAGUAUUUGUUAAUCUUCUGCUGCUGAUAAUUUUAGUUUUCAAGGAUUUAUUUGUACUUUAACUCUGAUUAAGGGGGCACAGAAAGUUCAGGCAAUGGGACCCAAGGAAAAGUAUGCGGAUAAGGUUUAGCUCCUAUUAUCUGCAACACAGGAAAUGAAUGGGAAGAAAGAACUUCCAUCAACCAUACAGCAUUGUGGCAGGAUAAAUAGACUGAACUGUUAGAGAGCCAGGAUAAUGUCAACAGCAAAUAAAUGAGAAAUUGAGAAAGCUGAUAUGCUAAUGAAAGAGUAUAUUUUUUUUAAACGUCUGUUUUGAAGCUUUUAACACAGCUGUGAUAAAUGUUCUUUAUAAAACGACAUGACCUAUUUUAAGAAUGACUGUAUCUUUAAGAGUGAUUAAUAAUUAAGACACAGUUGUUUAAAUAUUCAUGUCAUUAUUGAAGGGCCGCAUCCCACCGUUUCCAAAGGUGUUUGCCUACUGUAGUGUUAUAAAUAAAAUCAAAGGGCACUGUUUUUUUCAUGGCACUAAUUAUUCACAAAAAACGGAAUAGAAGUUUUUAAUGAACCACACUAUUAUUUAUCACACAGAUAUAUUGGUUUCAAUAAUUAAUAAACACACUUUAGAACUUCCAAGGGAAUUACAAUAU